AAAAAAAUAAAAAGAAAAUACAAAAAGCAAAGCUGCCAAGAGAGAGAGCGAGAGAUUUUUUUUGACAGAAGAGAGAGAAAAUCUGGGGCCAAACCGGAGGAAGAAAGAAGGAAAAAUGGGUAAAGCCACAACAACAGAAGCUGCUGCUUCUGCAACAGUAGCCGUAGGAGCAGACAAAAUGAAGAUGAAAAAGAAGAAAGGGCGGCCUUCUCUCUCGGAUCUCAGGAACAGAGACGACCAAAAAUCCGCUGCUAGCCGCCGAUCGACCCGGCGUAACCCUAAUUUUCGUUCGUCCUCCCCCCCACCGGACUCCGAUGAGGAUGACGACGAAAGGAAGGAGAAGAAAGUGAAACUUGUUCGCCGGUUGCCCCAAUCUACCAACCAGCCCCAGCAUUUCGAGAAUUGUUCCCGAAAUUCGGAUUCGGGUUCGGACCCAGACAACGUGAACCGCGAGGUGUUCUCUAAGAAGCUCAAGGUAGAAGCUGAGGAUUGCAGAUCUGAACUUGCUGUUCCUGAUCAGGUCCUGGAUAUGAAGGCAGAAAAGACUCUGAAAGUGACGGACUCUCAGCAUGGGUCACCAUUGGCCUUCGACCCCACAAAACCUUUGCCAGACAAAAAGUUGUUGUUGUUCAUUCUUGACAGACUUCAAAAGAAGGACACUUACGGUGUUUUUUCUGAACCCGUGGAUCCAAACGAGCUACCUGACUAUCAUGAGAUUAUAGAGCAUCCCAUGGAUUUUGGGACUGUUAGAAAGAAGCUUGAUGGACGGCGUUAUACGACACUUGAGGAAUUAGAGGCUGAUGUGCUCUUAAUAUGCUCAAAUGCAAUGGAGUAUAAUGCACCAGAUACAGUUUACUUUCGACAGGCACGGUCAAUUCAAGAACUGGCAAAAAGAGACUUCGAAAAUUUGAGGCAUCAGGGUGAGGAUGGUGAGCCUAAGGUUGUUCGUAGGGGAAGGCCCCCAAAUACUAAAAACAUGAAAAAGUGUAUUGAGACUUCCCCUGUUGACCGUGUGGGUUCCGAGCUUUCAUCCGGCGCUACUCUUGCAUGUGUUGAAGAUAUUAAAGCAGCUGGAUCUAAUUCUUACAACUUAAGGAAGGGACUGCCGGUUUAUAGGUUUCGGUCAAAUGACAUUUCUUUGUACAGACCGCGAAAUGGUGAUGGUUAUGCAGAACGGACGAGUGAUUGGAAUGAGGAGUUUCCAGCUAAUAUUUUGAGGGCUGAUAUGAAGUAUGGCAGCAAACACUUUGCAGUAGAUGAUAACAGGCGUGAUACAUACAAGCAAUUCAAUUCAACCGCUUCUGGAAAUGAACCAUCCUUAUUCGACAAUGCAUAUGGAAAUGUGAAGUGGUUAAUGGCUGUGGGGAUUCAGCUGGAGCAACAUGCUUACGCAAGAAGCCUUUCUAAAUUUGCAGCAAAUCUGGGGCCUGUCGCAUGGAAUAUAGCUUCAAAGAAAUUACAACACAUUCUCCCUCCAGGAGUCGAAUUUGGACCAGGGUGGGUGGGCGAAAGUGUAGUUCAACCACUAGCCUCAUCCCUUUCAACCGAAAAUCAGAAUCUGCCACUAGCCUCAUCCCUUUCAACCGAAAAUCAGAAUCUGCCAAACAGACCCUUAACACCGCCUUUCCCUGCUUCGAAUCUUGGCACCACCGGCACAUCAUCUGAAGCUAUGAUUGAGGCGGUUAGAAGAUUGAACAGCCUGAAUGAGAUGGCGGACCAGUGUGGCAUGCCCCGUCAGAAGCCUGUGUUCCAUUCUAACCGAAACGGUAUGAAUGGCAUGUUUGGGUAUGACCUUAACGUCCGUGUGCAGCCGACGGGCCCCGGGUCUCCAAGUUCUAGUAGUAUACAAAUUGGUUCACCUAAGCAGCCAGACUUGGCUUUACAGCUAUAAUAAUUAGAGAGUUUAAUAAUGAUGGUAAGCUAGCUGACUAACAGAAAGCUGUAGGUACUUGGAGGAAAUCUUGUACAGAUUAUUAUGUAUUUCAAUUUUUUCAUGUUUUUAUUAUUUUUGUUUGGAUUGGAUUUUAGAAGAGAGAUAAAUGGAGAAGAAUAGAGAAACGUCGAUUUUCUUUUAGAAUAUUAUCAUCACAUGAUGAUUGCUAGACGCACGAGAUGCAUUGUUUGUAUGUUUUACUUCAUAUUCACAUUGCGGUUCAUACUU